AUGGAACUCGAGAAGAAACAAUUGAAGGAAACAGCUGAACCUCGCAAACAGAAACUUCUCGCCCGCGAUUUCGCCGGAAUUGUCACAACCCAACUAAGAAGUCUCAAAGAUGACGAACCGCCAAAUCAGUCCGCUGAAGAUCUCGAAGCAUGGAAGAAAUUCGAGCGCCGCGUCCUCAAUGCGUGUAUGCUGGACGAGUCGUCUUUAAAGAACAAGGCCAGUUCUUUGCGCGAGAUCAAGCGCACGCUCCAACAGGCCUUCGUCAACCGCGGGAAUCUUGGUCUGAAACGCGAGCUGGAGUUCAUUCGGUAUGCGCAUGAACUCAAUGUCAAAUUCUCGGAACCCAAUCUGGACCAACAAAAGCAGAUUGCGGACCUGCGAUUUCCGGCCGAAUGGUAUCCUCAGGCACGCGCUACACAGCGGACUAUUCAUCUACACGUUGGGCCCACAAACUCGGGAAAGACAUACCAUGCUCUAAAGCGAUUGGAGGCGUCAAAGAACGGCUUCUAUGCCGGACCCUUGCGGCUCCUUGCUCAGGAAGUGUAUCAUCGCUUUCAGAGCAGCGGUAUUGCGUGCAGUCUUGUCACAGGUGAUGAGGUGAAAAUUCCUGAAGGCCAAAAGCCACAAAUUGUGAGCAAUACCGUUGAGAUGGUCAGCCUAGGGCGGGCUUGUGAAGUAGGUGUCAUUGAUGAGAUUCAAAUGAUAGCCGAUCCGAACCGUGGUUGGGCGUGGACUCGCGCUGUACUGGGCUCCCGUGCGAAGGAACUUCAUCUAUGCGGAGAGACUAGGUCGGUACCCCUGAUUAGAGAGCUUGCAGGUCUCACAGGGGACAAACUCGAGAUCCAUCGGUAUCAACGGUUAAACCCUUUAAAAGUCAUGAAUGAAAGUCUCAAAAGAGACUGGUCGAAACUCGAAAAGGGCGACUGUGUAGUUGCUUUCUCUCGGGUUGCAAUUCACGCUUUGAAAGCUGAAAUCGAAAAGUUCACGGGUCGACGAGUCGCCAUAGUUUACGGUGGCCUGCCAGCUGAGAUACGCACUCAGCAGGCUAGCCUUUUCAAUGAUCCAGACAACGACUAUGAUUUCUUGGUUGCCAGUGAUGCCAUCGGCAUGGGCUUAAAUCUGAGCUGCAAACGGAUCAUAUUUGAAACUAUUGUGAAAAGAAUUCCCGGAGGACUUGUCAGGCUUUCUGUUCCCGAAAUCAAACAGAUCGGAGGACGAGCUGGCCGCUAUCGAUCAGCGGCGCAACAAAAUAGCGACGGAAACCAAGGCACGGGCGAUAAUGUCGGCUAUGUCACAUCGAUAGAGGAAGUUGAUCUUCCAUACAUUCGCGAAGCAAUGACUGUGGAACCGCCACCUAUAACUGCCGCGGGCCUGAAUCCCUCCGAUUCUCACUUUGAGAAAUUUGCAGCCUACUUUCCACCAAACGUCUCCCUUGAAUACACCAUCAAACGCCUAUGGGAGGUAUCUCAGGUUCACCCGUUGUUUUUCAUGUGUGACUAUCGAACCCUAGUCGAGAACGCCGAGGUCAUCGAUGCGGUGAGUGGCAUGCAAAUAGCAGACCAGAUAACGUUCAUGGCGGCACCAAUACACGGGCGAGAGUCAGAGGGCCGGGAAGUUGCUGUCGCCUUCGCGCAGUGCGUCGCUGAGCACUCGAAUGGCCGACUGCUUGAUAUCCCAGGCCUUAAUCUUGAGAUUCUGGAAGAACCCGUGUCAGGAAACAAGGAUUAUUUGCAUCAGCUUGAAUCUUUGCACAAAUCUGUGAUUUUGUACUCAUGGCUCAGCUUCCGAUUUGGUGGAAUCUUUACGGAUCGAACUCUGGCCUUCCAUGUGAAGCAGCUUGUGGAGGAGAGGAUGGUCAGGGCGUUAACCGAAUUCUCUGCCAACAAGAAACUACAAAAGAAUGCCUCCUUGCUUCGCCAGAUUGCUCUGCAGAAGCAGCUUCGUGAGCAGCAGCAACUGUUGGGUGAAGCAGAGGAGUCCAGCGACUCUGAGAAUCCGGAGGAGCAGCCUUCUGUCUCAGAGGAAUUUGACGAGCUGGACAUGUCCGACAGCGAAGAGUCCCCUGAACUCGAUUUAGAUCUACCAACCGGCGAGAUAUUCGAGGCCCCGCCAGCACCGAAGGCCUCCACCACCAAUAAUAAGUCCUCUGACAGCGAAGAAUCCGCUGAGCUCGAUUUGGAUUUAGUACCAGCUGGCGAGAUAUUCGAGGCCCCGCCGGUACCGAACGCUCACACCACCAAUAAGCCCUCCGACAACGAAAAUUCCGCUGAACUCGAUUUAGAUCUCCUGACCGGCGAGACAUACGAGCCGCCACCAGUACCGAAGGCUCAUAGUACUGCCAAUAAGCCGUCCGACAGCGAAGAGCGCGCUCAAAUUGAUUUAGACCUACCAGCCGGCGAGACACACGAGCCACCGCCGGUCCAGAGGCACGCCAAUAAACCCUUUGAUGUCUAG